AUGGCAACAUCUUCCGUUCUUUCACUCAUUGAGCCAUUGCUAAAUCAGGGCUAUUGCGUAACAACGCACAACUUCUAUACGUCUCCUGAACUUUAUGAGUUUCUUCUACAAAACAAAACUGAUGCCUAUGGAACCGCUAGGGCUAACUGGCGCAACAUGCCGCCAAUGUUUGGCAAUAAGAAGCUGAAGACUGGAGAAAUGGUUGCCUGGCAGAAAGGCAAAAUGAUGGCACUGCGAUGGCGUGACAGGAAAGAUGUGUGCCUAUUGAGUACAGUUCAUAAUACCUCCACUGCUAUGGUACGCACAAAAGGUGGGAAAGAAAUCAUGAAGCCGCAAGUACUGAUAGACUACAAUAACACCAUGGGAGGUGUUGAUAGAGCCGACCAAGGCCAAGCAAUGACAUUCUACCCAGCAAUGAGGGAACAUCAAAAGAAGUACUACAAGAAGAUCUUCAGGCAUCUUCUUGAGCAAUGCUUGUGGAAUGCCUUCAUUCUGCUCAAAAAAAAGAGCGACAAGCCUGUGAUUCAUGCUGACUUCAUUUGGAAAGUUACCGAACGGAUCUUUGUAAACCACCAAACACCAUCAAUGGCUGUGAAUAGAGCUGGACGUCGUGCAGUUGGCGUUGUCAAUCCAGAACGUCUGACUGGUCGUCACUUCAUGGACUACAUCCCACCAACCGAGAAAAAGUCAGCACCUACAAGGAUGUGCGUGAAAAGGCUUGCCUGUACUGAGUGUGGGAAGUGUUUCCGUUCUAAAUACCAUCUUAAUGUGCAUAAAAGAUGUCACACAGGGGAGAAGCCGUAUUCCUGUCCUGAGUGUGGGAAAUGUUUCUCACGGAAGUCUAAUCUUUACACACAUCAGAGAUCUCACACGGGGCAGAAGCCGUAUUCCUGUCCUGAGUGUGGGAAAUGUUUUUCAAUGAAAGCCCAUCUUUCCAGACAUCAGAUAUAUCACACGGGGGAGAAGCCUUAUUCCUGUCCUGAGUGCGGGAAAUGUUUUUCAGAGAAGUCCAGUCUUUCCAAACAUCAGAGAUCCCACACGGGGGAGAAGCCGUAUUCCUGUCCUGAGUGCAGGAAAUGUUUUUCACAGAAGUCCUAUCUUUACACCCAUCAGAGAACUCACAAUGGGGAGAAGCCGUAUUCCUGUCCUGAGUGUGGGAAAUGUUUUUCAGUGAAGUCCUAUCUUUACACACAUCAGAGAACUCACAAUGGGGAGAAGCCAUAUUCCUGUCCUGAGUGUGGGAAAUGUUUUUCAGAGAAAUCCAGUCUUUCCAAACAUCAGAGAUCUCACACCGGGGAGAAGCCGUAUUCCUGUCCUGAGUGUUCGAAAUGUUUUUCACAGAAGUCCUAUCUUUACAUACAUCAAAGAUCUCACACGGGGGAGAAGCCGUAUUCCUGUCCUGAGUGCGGGAAAUGUUUUUCACAGAAGUCCAGUCUUUACUCACAUCAGAGAUCACAUACGGGGAAUAAGCCAUAUUCCUGUCCUGAGUGCGGGAAAUGUUUUUCAGUAAAGUCCCAUCUUUACACACAUCAGAGAUCUCACACUGGGGAGAAGCCGUAUUCCUGUUCUGAGUGCGGGAAAUGUUUUUCAUUGAAGUCCAGUCUUUCCAAACAUCAUAGAUCUCACACCGGGGAGAAGCCGUAUUUCUGUCCUGAGUGUGGGAAAUGUUAUUCACAGAUAUCCCAUCUUUACACACAUCAGAGAUCACACACGGGGGAGAAGUCACUUUCCUAUCCUGAGUGA